AUGGUGCAAGGGGACCUGGGCAGUGGCAACGUGGUGCUCAAGCCGCGGCAGGGAGACAAGCCUGAGGAGACGGUGAGUCUGACUGUGCACGAGCCCGUGUCCGCCACCUUCGCGCUGCGCUACUUGGUGAACUUUGCCAAGGCGGAGAAGCUGUGCGGCUCUGUGGAGCUGGGGCUCGGCCCAGACGCGCCAUUGCUGGUGAAGUACUCCCUGGAGAGCGCGGACAAGGGCCACAUGCAGUUUUACCUGGCGCCGAAGAUCGACGAGUAG